CCUGGGGCGCUUGUAUUGUGCCUGCUGAGUACUGGCAGCAGAUGGCGGCUCACACGGUGAUGUGGGGAUUUCCGCUCAGGGUGGCAGCACUAUUGUCUUACGCCAUAUGCGUAUUCUUAGCAGCUCUUCUCCUCCCCGCUCUCCCCUCCCUCCCGAAUUGUCCCGUCCUUCAGCCUCCCCCUCAGAACUCUUCCCUACCACUCUCCGAGCAGUGACUUUCUGCUGCUGAGCUGCUUCUGCCUCCUGCCUGUCCGCUCCUCACUCCGCCCAUCUGGUCUCCUCCAGCGCCCCCCGCAGUCAGCCUCCGAGACUAAAUGCCAACGCAUGCGCAGUGAGUGACACAAACGUCGGCAGGAGUUGAAGUCCUCCAUGCGCACUAAAGGACAUGCGCCGCGCACAGAGAUGAUGCCGGAAGGAGAGCGGGCACACAAUAACAAUGACGUGGAUCGGAUACCGGAUACUACAGAAUGGAUGCUCUGCUCAACCAGUGGCUUUGGAGACAGGAAUAUUGGCUUCCUCCUGGAGUAACGUGGGAGGAUAUGAAGGAAACUGAACAUAUAAAGUAUCCACGUCCUUUGGAUCUUCUCUAUGGUGUUCCAUUUGCUUUUAUCCUAACUGCCCUGAGAUUUUUGUUUGAAAGAUUUGUGGCACUACCCCUAAGCAGAAAGAUGGGUAUUCAGGAAACGUACAGAAGAAAACCAUCUGUCAAACCAGUUCUAGAAGAGUUUUACUCAAAAAAGGGAAAGCAUCCAUUAGAGAUUGAAAUCCGCUACUUGUCAGCUGAAUGCAAAAUGCAGAUUCGCCAAGUUGAACAUUGGUUCAGAUGUCGAAGAAACCAAGACAGGCCAAGCAUAACCAAGAAAUUCUGUGAGGCCAGCUGGAGGUUUACUAUGUACUUAAUUUCAUUCCUCACUGGAUUUGCUUUACUAGUAAACAAGCCAUGGUUUUGGGACCAGCAGGAAUUCUGGACAGAUUAUCCCUAUCAGCCAUUUGAGUUCUCAUUGUAUGGCUAUUAUAUGCUGCAGCUGGGAUUUUACUCAUCACUGCUCCUUACUUUGGCUUUUGAUAUAAAGAGAAAGGAUCUGACAGAGCAGAUAGUACAUCAUUUUGUCACCAUCUUUCUUAUUACAUUCUCUUAUUGUGCCAAUUACAUUAGAGCUGGUACCUUGGUGAUGCUUUUACAUGAUGCAGCUGACUACUUUCUUGAGUUAGCAAAGAUGUGCAAUUACAGCAAGUGGAAGAGGACGUGUAAUGUCUUGUUUAUCGUUUUUGCCUUGGUUUUCAGCAUCACUCGUCUAUUUCUCCUACCCACAAGGGUCAUAUAUAGUACAUAUUAUUCCUCCAUGUUAAGAUUCCAACCUUUCUUUGGAUAUUAUUUUUUCAAUGCUCUUCUAAUGAUGUUACAAAUACUGCAUUUCUUCUGGGCUUUCAUGAUUCUUCGAAUGAUCUACAGAUUUGCAUUUAAUGGAAUGGUCGGUAAUGAUGUUCGCAGUGAUGUGGAAGAGAGUGAGGACAGUGGACAAGAAAACAGUAGACCAUUGGAGACAGAGACCAAGACUGGUUACUGGACUACUAGCAAUAACAGUGUUUCUCAAAAGACUGUGGACAAUGGUGUGGCCAGAAUAAAUAAUGGACACUCAAAGACUAGCUAGCUUACAUUACUGGUAAACAGUUACUCAAAGUCACCCUUAACAUAUUCUGGAAUAGCUGCUUGGCCGAUACCUAUAUGUUACACACUGCAGAGCAGAAAUCAUCUAAUUUAUACAAUUCAACAAUGUACUUACAUUGCUUGAGUUCUGUAACCUUCUAACCUGCAGGGCUUAUAUUCACAUGAUUCUUAAUCUGGAAUGAAUUAUGCUCUUAGACUUAAAGGAAACCUGCCAUCACCAAUCUUGAUGGAUAGAUUUCUCCCUAUUUGGGUACAGGAAAAGAUCUAUCAAACAAGCUCAAUGGAGAGGAGAGGAACCAUCAGGGACUUCCCCAAUGACUCAUGGUUCAGGCAGCAAUAAACAGGAACAGAUUCCCCAUUGCUGCCAGCUAUGACCUACUCUAAAUAGUAGUUCCUGCUUAAAGAGGAACUCCGGGACAUAAGUACUUAUCCCCCAACCACAGGAUCCUGUGGAUAGGGGAUACGUUUCUGAUGGCAGGGGUCUAACUGCUGGGCCCCCCUGCAAUCUCCUGCCGGGCAACCUGGCUCUCCUCAUGCACAGAGCGACUUCACACCCCUCCAUGUACAGCGUUCGUGUAUCUUUGGCUCUCCCAUAGAGAUAAAUGGAGGGUCAUCGUACCCCCGCGAUCAAACACUUAUUCCCUAUCCACUGGAUCCUGUGGAUAGGGGAUAAGUACUUAUGUUCCAGAGUUCCCCUUUAACUCGGCUACAUUGACAAGUCUCUUCCUGUGCACAGAUAUGGAAAGACCUGUCAAUCAAGCCCAGAAGGGGGUAAAAGUUGAUUGUGACUGUCCAGAUGACUUAUCUAAACAAGCCCUUCAGAGUAAAUUAUACCUGGUUGUAAUAAGAGAGCCUGUCUCUGUUUUAUGCUGCCAGUAGUCUGUGCAGCAUGAAGCACCUGAAAGGUUUUCUUCAGUAUACGUAAACUGUUUAAUUGACACCACAUACUGGAAUUACACAAAUUUAUAUGCAGUAGUAAAUUGCACCUUUGUGAUAGAUGUAUAUGUGUAUAUAUAAAUUUUAUAUACUGUAUAUAUAAAAUGCCCAUUUAGGAUGAGGACUCAAUGCUUCGCUGUUACUUGUCCACCCCUCCCCCAUCUGCUCUCUCCCAUCUUGCCCCGACCAUCGUAUAGAGGAAGCUGCCGCCCACGAGGAUAAUGCUACUCCCCCAUCUGGUCUUUCCUGUCUCACCCCUCCCAUCGUGUGAAGCCUUUGGACAAAGAAGCCCGCCAAACUGUUCAGGAAAGGCAUAUCUUUCCCUCUAGUAGGGGGUGUGAACUUAUGCUAAUUACAGAGGUGAUAUAAACAAGGGGCCUGCUUAAUAAAGUUCAGAAGUACGUUACCACUGACCAUGUGUGUGUCUGUGUGAAUUACUUGGGUGCAUGCACAAAGACCUUAUUGAUUUGAGUAGG